UCAGCAUCUUUGAUAAUUCUUCACGGAACGGGUUGGUUCCUCCUUUUUUCCACCCUUUUCGUCCAUAUACAGACAUUUAUAUACACCACCCCCCACCGGCGUAUACACUAUAUAGACAGAAGCAGUGUGUGUGUGUGUGUGUAUACUAUAUAUCAGCGUGCGACGUCGUUUUUGUCCCGCCACUCGCCCGGCGACGCCCUCUCACUUCGCACCUUUUUUUGUGUCUGUCUCUCACCUUCUUCUUCUCUUCUCUCCCAACUUGUUCUUGUUUUGGUUGCCGUUUUGCCACUGCUGCUGCUAUUGCUGCUGCUAUUGCUGCUGCUAUUGCUGGUUGGGUCCUGUCAUCAUCAUCAUUUCCUCUUCUUCUUUUUAAGUUUUUGGGCUCGCAAGAUUUCGGGGCUUUGAUUUAAAAAAGAAGGAAAAAGGAAAAACAAAAAAACUUUUUUUCGGUGCGGGAAACAAGUCAAAACUCUUUGGCUGCCGGUGAGGGGGGAACUGACUGGUGGCGUGGAGGAUCCAACUGCUGAUAGCGUCUCUCUCUCUCUCUCGCUCUCCCUGGUUGUUGUGUGUCUGUGAUCUUGUCAUUUUUUCCCUUUCUGGAGGAGGACAAGAGACAAACAAGAAAGAGGAACUGUUAUCAACACGCUUUUGUGCAUCGUUCGUUCCGGGGCGGCCAAUGCAACACACACACACAACAAAAACCCACAAAAGUUCGUGGCCCCCCUUGCACGUUCUUGUCUUUUUGUACCGACCGGCGCGCAAUUCGGCGUCUUACACAUACAACAACGACACACAGAAAACCGCAAGUGCUCGUGCCGGUGUCAGCGGCUGUUGACCCUCUGAACCGCUCCCCAACCCAAAAAAGAAGAGAAGGAAGGAAGAAGGUUGUUGUUGUUGUUGUUGUUGUUGUUAUUGUCGUUGGUCGUGCGGUCCGUCCCGCUCGACUGUCCCUCUCACUCUCUCGUCUCUCACCUGUCCAGUCCGGCAUCAACUGGUCGGCCAAAAUAAACAGCACACACGCAGAUAAGAACAACUCAUCGAAAAAGGAUUUGAUUUCUUGAUUGGAUUUUCCAAUCGGACGGCCGAGACGAACGAAAAUAAACCAAAAGCAACCAACAAACAUUUUGGAGACCCGUUUUGAAUGACUAGGUGUUCGUGAUGGUCGGAGCCAUGGCACUGCUUUCGUCUUCAAUGUCGAUGCCGACCAGCGUCGUGGAAGAGUCAUGCAUCCGAGAGCAUCCGUCGCCCAGCGGAAGCGGAUCACCAGAUGAAUCCGCCAAUUUGUUGGCCAACGCGCAACAGCAGCAGCAGCAGCAGCAUUCCGUCAAUAAGCGACGCCGAGUGGCGGCCGACACGGCGGCCCAGCGUCGCCGGCACCGCCAGCAGCGGACAGCCCAGCAUCGGCUCUCGACGGGCCGGCGUUCUCAGCGGACCAACCGUCGCGACAACAGCGAGGACGACGAGGAAAACGACGAGGACGAAGAGGAAGACUACGACGAAGAUGACGACGACGACAGAGAUAUGGACGCCGACGUGGGAGACGACGCGAUAAUCGACUCGCGUCGCGAGCCGCAACAACAAUUGCCCAAACAGAAGCCGCUCCAUCCUCAGCACCACCAACUGCAGCAGCAGCAGCAGCAACAACAACAACAACAACAGCAGCAACAACAGCAGUUGUACAGUUUGAGGUGGCACGACUUCCAGUCGUCGAUUCUUUCCUCGUUCCGCCAUUUGCGCGACGUCGAAGACUUUGUCGACGUCACGUUGGCCUGCGACGGUAAAUCGUUCACCGCUCACAAGAUGGUGCUCUCCGCUUGCAGCCCUUAUUUCAGACACCUCCUCAAGGCGAAUCCGUGUCAGCAUCCGAUCGUGAUCCUGCGCGACGUCAAGUACCGCGACAUGGAGGCCCUGCUGCGCUUCAUGUACAACGGCGAGGUGAGCGUCUCCAACGAGCAGCUCCCGUCGGUCCUUCACACGGCCCGGAUGCUCCAGGUCAAGGGACUAGCCGACGUCCCAUCCAAACAUUACCCCAACAGCAAACGAGUGUCGGAUUAUUCGAACGAGACGCCGUCGUCUCGGGAGUCGUCGGCGGAACGGCGCCCGCUGGUCGGAUUGGUCACGAACCCGCCGAGAAAACGGGUCAGAUCGCGGUCAACCUCACCGAUUUUGGCUGGGACUGGGGCGACGACGACGACGACAGCCAUGGGCCAUCCCGCGUCUGCUGCUGCCACCGUGGCGGCCGUGACGGCCACUCUGGUGGCAGCCAAAGCGGACGAAGGAUCGGGAGCGAGGACUGACGGGGCUGCUGCCGGCCUGGUUGUGGUGACGGAAAACGGGCGGCGGCGACGAACAAAUGAGGACGACGACGAAGAUGAGGAGCACAUGAACGACUUGGACGACGACUUGGAAGACGAUCAUCACCUCCACCACGUGAAAGUCACGAUGGAGGAGAAGCAACAACAACAACAACAGCAGCAACAGCAACAGCAACAGCAGAGGGAGCAGAUGCUGCUGGACGUCCACCGCGAGUCUCUGCUGAGUCAAGCGCUGGAAGGCCGGUCGUCGCAGAGUUUGAUGGCCCAUCUGUUGGCGGCCAGGAGAAGCGGCAACCAAUCGGAGACGAGCUCCCGAUCGGGACACGGAGGCGGUCACGGGGCGGGAGCCCAUCAUGUCGAGGACGACGACGCCAGUGACAGCGACAACGACACGGACGCUUCCGAUCGAGACCGGACGGACGUCGGCGACCUGUCCAACACGGAGGACAACGUUUACCCGUCGUCCGGCAUGGGCGAUCAUCCGCACCAUCACCGAUCCUCAUCGCUGCACCAUCACGGAUCCGAGAUGAUGGUGCCGCCUUCCGGCUACGGCGCCCACCACCACCCGCUGCUCAACCUGCAGAGUCUCCAUUCACUUUUCCCGCCAGGAUCCAUGGCCGGACCCAACGGCGGCGGCGGCGGAGGAGGCGGCUCCCACCACGGCCACGGACGUCACCAGCACGACAGCCACAACAACAACAACAACAACAAUGAUCUGGCCCAGGCCACCCGCCGUUCCCUGGAUCUGAUGCGCAUCCGGGCGACCGAUCCUCGCCCGUGUCCUCAAUGCGGCAAAAUUUACCGGUCGGCCCACACCCUGCGGACGCAUUUGGAGGACAAGCACACGGUUUGUCCAGGGUAUCGCUGCGUCCUGUGCGGGACGGUGGCCAAGUCGCGUAAUUCGCUGCACUCGCACAUGUCGCGACAGCACCGAGGCAUCAGCACCAAGGACCUGCCCGUCGUCCCCAUGCCCGCCCCGUUCGAUCCUGUUUUGGCUUCCUGCCUGCUGGCCAAGGCCGGCGUCAAAGUUUCUCCGGCGGAAUUGGCAGCUCGCGCCUCGCCCACCAGCGGUAAUCCACGCGGACGGACAGCUGAUCUCCGAUUGGACUUUAAGAGCCCCCAUUCCGGCUCUUUACCUCCCGGCACAAUCCCUCCUCAGGUGACGAUUGGAGGACUGCAGUCCCACCGCAACAAUCCGCUGCAGUUGAUCCCGCUGGAACAGGAUCCGGAAGAUUUGAGUUUGGCACAGCAGAGGCUUCGUGGCGAUGGCGGCCGGGAUCACCACCACCACCACCGCCAUCAUCACCACGAAAAGGGCGGAUCGGGCGGAUCAGGCGGAGGAAUGGCCACCAUCUCUCCUUAUGGUCCUGCCGCAGCUGGAUUAGUCAACCGUUUGGGAUUGUCAACCAAAAUGGGUAAACACUGGUUGGAGACGAACAUGCAGGCGGCCAUGCAACAACAACAGCAGCAGCAGCAACAGGCCAAUUCGCCUGGCAGUAAUCACAAUGCUUCCGGCGGCGGUGGCAACGGCGGAGGAUCAACCGGAAGCGCUCUGCUCGACACUUACCUCCAGCUCAUUGCUGAGCAUUCUUCCAACAUGGCCGCCGUAGCUGCUGCGGCCGCAGCCGCCCAGAACAACGCUUCCGGCGCUCCCAACAACAACAAUCGCCCGCAGUCUUCUGAAGGCAAUCAACACGGUGACCGUCCGGAAUCGGCAGCAAAUGUGAUUGAAACCUGUGUCAAGCGCAGUCCCAAGACGACGGCCGACGAUUGAAUCUAUACCCACCACCUCUCUCUACCCCCCCCCCCCCCAACACACAACACACACACACAAUAUCACAUACAGAACGGUUUAAGUUUUAAAAAUUUUAAAAACUAUAAGAACUAACCUUCCAAAUGAAAUACCUCAGUAUCAGCAGCAGAACAGACCUUCCUCAAAGCUCUUUGAAAUCCCUCCUUUAAUUAUAUUCACUACUAGUUCCGCACCUUUUUACCUCGCAGAAAAAUCAUAAUAAUAAUAAUAAUACCUGAAUCAAUUGCAGAACAAAGCAGAGGGGAAAACAACAAUCCAAUUACAAAAAUCCGGUCACAAUUUCAAAAGAAAAUAAGCCAGCAAAACUUUUUUUUCCUUCUUCCAAGUUUUUGAGAGAGAAAAUUUAUUUAAUAUUUUUCUUUUUUGUGAGAUAGAAACAUCUCGAAAAUGUUAAUAAUUUCGUGUUGAUGAUGAGGAGCCGAGUAUGCAUGCAGCUGCAGAGUAAAUGGGUAUCCUUCUGUGUUUGUGAACCCGGUGAUUUAUUGUUAUCGGUUAUACAUUCAACAUUUUGUUGUUCGGGAAAGAAAAACACGAAUGUUUUUUUUUCCUUCCAUUGGGAGCUAAUAAUUAUUAAUGAUUACAUACAUGUAUAGACACAAAACAAAAUAUUGAUUGACGAGCUUAUUUGUUGGGAGGAAGAAAGGGGAAGACAAAAUGUGAGGGCCACUAUUCAUUUUGAUGUCAUUUUCCGAAACGUGCGCAAUGUGCCAAAAUGAACGAAAACAACGGGAAAAUAAUUUACACAGAAAAACAAAAUUAAAAACAAAAAUGUGAAUCCAGCGAUCUGAACGAAGAUGUUGUACAAAUAGAGAUUAGAUCCUUAUUUCACAAAAAAAGCAGUUUAACACAGAUAUACGUGAGCGAAUGGCCUUAUAUGUUUGCAACUUUCCACGCCGAAAAUGUGAUCGAUUAUCUUACACAACAAACAAAUUGACCCAAUUUGAUCACAUAUCCGCCCCAUCUACAUUUCCCAUAGCAACACACACACAAUAUCUUUAAAUCCGCUCCGUUCCAACCCCCAUCUGUUUCAAAAAAUCCGUCAAACAAACAACAGCCGAAAUUCCUUUUUCGGCUAUAGCCAAGUAAAAUAACAGUUUAAACAUCAAAAGGUACAAUAAUAACGCGCAGCGUAUAGAAACAAAAAAUAAUAAAACAUGUGUUGACGUUGUCGUAUUAUAAAAGAAUAUAGCUCUCUUCUUUUGGAAUGUGAACGAAAGGUGACAAUUCAAGAAGAAAUGAUGAUGAAGCGUUUCUCGAUGUAUUUGUUCUUCUCUCUGUGUGUGUGUGCGUGUGCUGUGUGUGCUGUGUCCAAUUUGAAUAAGAGUCUCUCGUGGAAACAUGUCGAAAAAAUUAACCAGCAAAAAAGCAAUACUGAACGAUGCGCGUGUGUUAAUUUCAUUUUCGAUGUCGACAUAUUUCUCUGUUUCUGUGUAAUUUCUCAUAACACUUUAUAGCCCAGUAUGUGCUCGCCAUGUUCUUGCUGUCCUUUUUUUUCUGUUCUCUGAACAAUUUUAUGUGUGUGUUUAUUUUUUCUUCUUCUUCAUUAUCUCACAUGAAAAUGGAUAAGUGUGUGCGUGUGUGUUUAAAUUAAAUUCUGAUGUUCGGUGA